AUGGACCUGUUCUUUCCGCAACGCCUCGCUCGUUAUGACCUGCGGACGAGUGAGUCCUUCGACUGCCAGGAAGCCUUCGGCUACGGUGCCUUCCAGAAGCGUCUGUUCUUUCUUCUUAUUCUCUCGGCUGUGUCGGUCUUAUGCCAAACUUCCAUCGUUACCAUCGUGUUCGGUGACGUGGACCACUGGUGCAAGCGGCCCCGAGGCUUCAACAUCUCUGCAACCGAAUGGAAGAAUAUUGCCAUACCACUUGAAGCCGACGGAAGGCAUAGUCAAUGCCGCGUCUACCAGCGCUGCAUGCCACCCGUCGACUUCAGCCUUCCGAACCGGGAACGGAUGGACAGCGACGUGCUAGCACAGCCGCAUGCAAGUACAGGCAGUACGUACGAAUACGGGUGGUACAACGAAUGCCUGAACGGUGCCUCGGAAACAGCCAACGACACACAAGAGAUACACUGUGAUGAAUGGGAGUACGAUGACUCGGCGGCCAGUUUUACGGCGGUAAGCACUUGGGACAUGGUGUGCCAUCGACGCCCAAGAAGAAUCGCGGUCGUAGCGCUGCAGUAUGCUGGUGCCGUUGUAUUUGUCGUCACAUCUGGAAUAUACGCGGACUCGCUAAGUCGAAGGACUUGUCUCGUGGCAUCCGCUGCAGCGCUAUUGGCCAUCACGAUUUGCACUUUUCUGGCAAAUACUUACUAUGUUUACGCUAUUGCGCGUUUUCUGGCCGGAGGCUUUACCGCCGUAAACGAAGUCUUCAGCGUCAUUAUCCCGUUCGAAGUGACGACCCACGCUCACAGACCACAGCAAGUCAUCCUCUGGCACUUGGUCGGUGUCUUGCCGGCCGAAGUGUGGGAAAUCCUAAUCAGACGCGUGCCCAUGUUCUGGUCGCUCAAACAGCUCAUCUUUCUCGCGCCUACGGCCCUGCUUCUCCCCGUGUCACUCACCGCACCUGAAUCACCUCGUUGGCUCGUGGCGAAAGGACGAAUGCAGGAGGCCGAGACCGUGAUGAUGCAGGCUGCCGAGACUAACAACUUCCCCCUCCCAAACACGUCCGCUCUGAUAGACAAGCUCAGAGAACAGGUCAAGGCGAGGACGUGCUGCACCGAGGCUUGCGAUCAAGAGAUAUUGGACUCUAACUCCUUGCGUCGGCGAGCGCUUGCCAUGUUUUUCACCUUUUUCUCAAUGACGUUCUCGUAUUACGUGGCUGUGUUCGCGACGGCGUCAUCCCACGAGGCUUGGAUGCCGUAUGGCGUAGUCGCAGCCACGCUUUUGGCGUGUGGUGUCAUGCACGUCUUAGUGACCGACAUUACCCUCGGUGACGGUGCUGGAGUGGCAACGAUCAGUAACGUUCUCAACGUGCUGUCCAAAGGCGCGUCACUGGUCAUCCUCGUUCACUUCUUGGUGUUCGUCAUGGAGCUCUUUCCUUCGGCCGUCAGGAGUGGUACGGUGUGUUGGAUGUUCGCGAGCGGACGCCUCGGUGCCAUGUUCGCGUCCCUGACCUUUGCCCUGCAGCUUCAAGGUCGUGAAGACGCGGCGUUCGCCGUUGCCGCGUUGCUUCUAUUCAUGUCUCUUCUGGUGAUACGGGUGCUUCCACGAGCGACCAUGGUGGAGCAGGCUAAGGAGGCCAAUAUUGGUUUAAGUUACGCAAGAAACUACAUCAAACACAUGAGACGUACGCUCGAGCGACCGACGGAUCAUAUGGCCAAAUCCGGAAGCACUGAUGCCCUCCGAAAGAGUCGCCAGAGUGUCGCCAGCAAUACGAACGUUUCUCUCAAGUCAUCUACUGGAAGCAGCGACACCCGGAAGAGUCGAAAAAGUCGUUCCAGCAACUCAGAUUCCUCUGCUAAGGCCAGACUACAAGGCUACAAGUUUAGCGAGAAGCCUGAAUUACCUAGAGGUGGUCCCAUGCCCAUAACACAAGCAGCUGCGGACAUUGGCUAG